AGUGAAGGAGGGCGAGCGGGGGCAGAUACACAGCAGGCAGUGACGGCGCACGGGAUGGAGGAUGUCCUUUCUGGGAGUCUACUCUUGCGCGAGGCGGGGCAGCAACGACUGACGGGCGCGUUACCAAGCAGCGCUCGAUUUCAGGGAGCAGGCGCAGACAGCGUCCUGCGAGCCGGAUACCAGGAAUCCAGUCACUGCGCGGCGUGGGCGCUCGCAGUGCUGGGUGGUGCUCCUCGGGCGCGCAGCAGCAGCAACAGCAACACCACGCCAAAGCAGAGAUAGCCGCGUCGCCUCACACGUCGACCAUGGACUUGCCGGCGCGCACGCGGCGAAAGGGGACGUGGCUGCAGCAGGCUCGGGCGGCGUGCUGCGGAGGACUUGAAUGGCAGCUGUGGCGGCGCACGGCGUUGGGAUGGCUGGAUCUGAUCUGGGGGGUCCGCGAUGAGAGCUGGGGCAGGACUCGAGGGCUGCAACGAGUGGUUGAGCAGUGGCGUCGUGUGCCCGUCGCACGGCCAGAAAGGUCGUCGUCACAGGAAGACGAGGCGGAGAAAACAAAAGUCUGCAGGCGGGCGGGCUGGGAUCGGGCGGCGUGUCUGGGGCGCACAGCGAGCUCAAUCGCGGUCAUUCGAGUUACUCGGGCACAGCAGAGGUCCGGCGCGCAAACAUAUCCCGGGGCAGAACAGAUGCAACCUGGAGGAGGAAGGGAGCGGUGGGCACGUCGCAGCAGCUCCCUCGAACGGGUGGGCGCUGGCAGGCGUGCCUUGCAUGCAACGGCCGUACCUGGGGGGCAGAACGCGCGAUGAAUGGCCAACAGCAGGUGGACGCGGGCUCGAGGGGGCCGAGGGCCUGGACGUGUGUACAACAAGGCGGGACGGACAGCAAAGUGGAGGUCACUGGAGCUUCGGCGGAGCACUCAGCAAGACUUGGGCGGAGAGCGAUCCGCAAGGGCACGGCGGCGGCCAAUUAAUGCAGCUGACGCGCCCAGGACGAUGCGCUUGCACGUGGGAAAUCGUUCAAUAAGGCUUCGUGUAUCGCAGCAGGGCCCCUAGUGGCGGCUACCUGCACCUAAUAUGGCGCCCUGUCUUGUGCGCGAACAGGUGCGCGAGGUCAGACAGCGGGGACGGGUGCUGGCGA